CAACUGAACUACCAGUGUCCUGCGUUAAUAUCGAGUUGCUCGAACAACGAACAGCUGAGACUGGUCGCUGUCACCGCUACAAGGAGUCAAAACGGACUCCAGGAACUACUUCAAAACAACAUUCGUUGCGGUUCGAAGAAAACGAAGAAACAAAAAAUUCCAAGUAAAUAAGACGCAUAAUGAGACACGCCACACCAGCAAAUGCACCUACGGAAAACGGAUCUUUUACAGUACCAGAGUUGUUCAACAUAUGCGCAAAUUGCGAACGUCUCAAUAAAAAGGAAAUCGGCGUGAGGAUCCCAAGACCUGUAGGAAGUGGACCAAGCAGAUUUAUCCCUGAGAAAGAGAUACUCCAGGUUAGCAAAGUGGAUGCUAGGACACAGUCGAUAUUUCAGGACGCGUUCUCCAACAUGGGGCGCCUCGACAACAUCUCCCUGGUGAUGGGCUUCCACCCGCAGUAUCUGGAGAGCUUCCUGCGGACCCAGCACUACCUGCUGCAGAUGGACGGGCCCCUCUCCCUGCACUACCGGCACUACAUCGGCAUCAUGGCCGCGGCCCGGCACCAGUGCUCGUACCUGGUGAACCUGCACGUCAGUGGCUUCCUGCAGGUCGGGGGCGACCCGAAAUGGCUGAACGGGCUGGAGGGGGCCCCGCAGAAGCUCCAGAACCUGGGCGAGCUCAACAAGAUCCUGGCCCACCGGCCCUGGCUCGUGACCAAAGCGCACAUAGAGCACCUGCUGAAGGCGGAGGAGCAGAGCUGGUCUCUGGCGGAGCUGAUCCACGCCGUGGUGCUGCUCACACACUACCACUCCCUGGCCUCGUACUCCUUUGGCUGCGGCAUCACCCCGGAGAUCCACUGCGACGGGGGCCACACCUUCCGCCCGCCGUCCGUCAGCAACUACUGCGCCUGCGACAUCGCCAACGGCAACGGCGCCAUGCCGGAGACGCACGGCAACCACCCUGUGACGGAGGCGUCCUGCGAGGUGGAGGCGCUCAUGGAGAAGAUGAAGCAGCUGCAGGAGGCUCGAGACGACGAGGAGGCCACGCAGGAGGAGAUGACCACGCGCUUCGAGAGGGAGAAGACCGAGAGCAUGCUGGUGGUCUCUGCAGAGGACGAAGACCUGAUGCCCUCGAGGGACGUGUCCCGUCAUUUCGAGGACCCCAGUUACGGCUACAAGGACUUCUCCAGGAGGGGGGAGCACGUGCCCACCUUCAGAGUGCAGGACUACAGCUGGGAGGAUCACGGGUACUCCCUGGUGAACCGGCUCUACCCCGACGUCGGGCAGCUGCUGGAUGAGAAGUUCCAGAUGGCGUACAACUUGACGUACAACACCAUGGCGACGCACAAAGACGUGGACACGUCCACCCUGAGACGGGCCAUCUGGAACUACAUACACUGCAUGUUCGGAAUCAGAUAUGACGAUUACGACUACGGGGAGAUAAACCAGCUGCUGGACCGCAACUUUAAAGUUUAUAUCAAGACCGUGGUGUGCAGUCCGGAGAAGAUCACCAAAAGAAUGUAUGAAAGCUUCUGGAGACAGUUUCAGCACUCUGAGAAGGUUCAUGUGAAUUUGCUUCUUAUGGAAGCGCGGAUGCAGGCAGAGCUGCUGUACGCCCUGAGGGCCAUCACUCGAUACAUGACAUGAAGUGCUUUUUGUCGUUUGUCGUUUUCAUUAUUUUUUUAAAAAUCAUUUCUUUGUGUGUGCUCUCGUGGACAUUUCAAAGAAGCCUGAAUGUGACGUAGAUAUCUUCACGACGGAUGCCGAAAAGCAAAAAAAAAAAAAAAAAAAAACAACAACAAAAAACUAAAAUAAAAAGUCAUUUGACCCUCCAGCUGGACUAUAGUGACUUUGACUGGCUGCUCCGAUUGUGCCAAAAAAAAUCACAGUGCGAGGGGGGGGGCGUGGCCUGGCCGCGGGACGUCCACUGAAGUUUUGAGAGAGGGAAGGCGGGUGUGUGGCGCUCCAGCCAAUCGGCAGCGGCGUCCCCGUACCCGCACGUAACCAUGGCAGCGGCCUCCGUGCCUGUGCGCUAGGCUAGGCUAGGCUAGGCUAGGCUAGGCUACCGCUACGUUAUUUACUCUUUUUAUUUGUAUUAAAAAGUCGACGCGGCGGCAGCCGGACUGGAGCGCGACCGGGCUACGCGGUGCGUGCCUGAAAUACCGCGCAGGGAGGGGAGAGAGAGAGAGAGAGAGGGAGAGAGAGAGAGAGACGUCCCGCUGCCUCUCUCACAGACACUGUAGCCCCCCCUCCCACCCUGACCCGGAAGCACAGCUGCUCAUGUAAAGCUAAGCUAACACGAGAGUGUGAAAGUGUCUGAGCCUACCCUGUGGUUUACAGCUAAAAACCACCCCCACACUUUCUUUUUUUUUACUUUUUUUUUUUCUUUAAUCUACAUUGUUGACCCAAUUUAUAUUUUGCCUUUUGUAGCCUUUGGAAUUUCAAACGCAAAACACUUUGUGGAGGACGACUGCUUUCUGCUGUAAAAGAUGAUUAUUAGACACUUUUUCUUUUCUUUUUUUUGUUAAAAAUUUUUUUUUUUUUUUUGUUUUAUAUUUUGUGUUUUUUGACACAAAAGCUUUUGUCCUGUUGAAAUGGUCUUCCUGCGAAAGAGCUUCCUUCAUUUUUGUGCGCACUUGUCUUCCA